GCAGUGGAACUGAAGAGUUAGUGGUGCUGUGAGUUUACCUAGUGGCGGUGCUAUAAGAUCAAGAUGGGGGACGGGGUGGCUUUUGAGGCCGCCAGGAAGAUCAUCAUGCACCCGCUCUACGCGUCGAGGUCGUCACCCUGGCUCGACCUGAGGGUGUUCUACGUGAGGGUCAGCAACUGCGUGGUGGACGAGUCUGCGCCGGAGCACCUCACGCUCAACCACAUCCCGCUGUCUCCUGAUACCGUCAUCGAGGUCAAUGGACGGAGGAGCAGCAUGCACACCGAGUUCGUCUCGUCGUCCCUCAGAAGGGACAGGAUCGACAAGAAGACCGAGGAAGCCACGUAUGUGAGCACGGAUAGCAUAAGGAUGACAGGGAGCGUGAGGUUUCAGGUGUUUGACAAGAAUGAUCUCUUGCUCACUGGAGACCUGGAGUUAUGCAAUGCCAAUGGAGUGGUUGGGGAGCCGAAGAACAGCAGCAAGAAGUGGAAUAUGAAGUGCCAGUCGUCAGCAUCGUGCAAUGGUUUCUUGAAAGGGAAGAUGUCCACAGGCCCGGAGUCUGCCCAUCCUGUUGUCGAGGUUUAUGUUGCUGGCACUUUCUCUGGCACGCCUAUUAUACUAACCAAGACGAUCCAGUAUAUUUCACGAAGGAAGUCCCAGAUGAAACUGAAGCUUGAUUCCAUCCCUGAGAAUGAAGCAACUGAACUUCAGAAAGAGAACUCACAUGAGGACCUGUUGAAGGUAUCAGAAUACCACGAUCUGAAAUCCGAAACAGAUGUGGACGUCGACUAUAACAGCUUGUAUGCAAGGCAGGACUUUCUAGAUGGCGAGGAUGGUGCGCUUUCAUGGUUUAAUGCCGGUGUGCGGGUUGGAGUUGGGAUCGGCCUUGGCGUAUGCGUGGGUGUUGGACUGGGCGCGGGUCUGCUGAUCCGGACGUACCAAAGCACCAGCAGGAACUUCAGGCGACGACUACCCUGAUGGCCAAACUUCUCACAAAUAUAGAUAUGUAUUUAUCUCGACCUUGUAGGAGACUAACUGUCCAUCUUUCAUGUCCAUGCUAGUGAUGAUAGAUGAGCGAGGCCCUUUGUUCUGGUAUCUGGUGCUUUCUUGUGUGAACUGCCAAUCAUUUUUGCCCUCUUGAGGUGUAAAUGCGAGUAUGUAUAGUAAGAAUAAGUGUCGAGUUGCUUGCUGUCACUGUGAGCAUUAGAUGGUUCUUUCUGAACUAAAUGUGUUGAUGAAUGAACGUAAGUGACCGACAAGUGCAGCGUAUGGUCUUUGAGGGUGAUGCCACACCUAAGAAUUGUUGGAAGUCA